AUGUCUACUACUUCAAUAUCUGCAAAUGUGAACAAUGUUCCAAUGUUAAAUGGAACAAACUUUAAGGACUGGAAAGAGAACAUAUUGAUUGUUCUCGGUUGCAUGGACAUAGACUUGGCAUUAAGAAUGCCAAAACCGAAUGAUCUCACUGAACAAAGUAUUCCUGAGGAAAUUGUGUACUUUGAAAAGUGGGAUCGUUCUAACAGGCUAAGUCUUAUGAUCAUGAAGCGUGGAAUUCCAAAAGUUUUUCGGGGUGCAAUAACAGAGGAUGUUACCAUUGCCGGUGAAUUUCUUUCGGAAAUUCAAAAGCGUUUUGCUAAAAAUAAUAAGGCUGACACUUUUAGCAAGCUUGAUUUCAAUGAAGUAUAA